AAGGAAAGCCAGGUUUAUUAAGCAACUUGAUCUCUCCCUGUGAGAUCAUAUGUGAAAAACAGGUUGAGCCAUGUCUGAGGGUGUUGCCCUGUGGAAUUUGUAGUUAAAGGUGAUUUAUACCUGUGCUUUCCCAGCACAGAGAAGCCAGUUACCCCUGUAGUUUCCAGAGGGAAUAAACCUCUUGAGCAGCACAGUUAUUCUAAUUUUCUUGUGGCCAAGAAACAGCUACUGAGACAGCAAUGGCAUGGUGGAAGGCCUGGAGUGAAGAGGAGGGCAGGUCUGUCACAGGUGCUUUGAGCUUUGACCCCAAGCCUGAUGCUCAGACUCUGUACAAUGCCAUGAAGGGACUUGGGACUGAUGAGCAAGCUAUAAUUGAUGUCCUAACCAAGAGGAGCAAUAGGCAGCGUCAAGAGAUUGCCAAAUCCUUCAAGGCUCAGUUUGGAAAGGAUCUGAUUGAAAGCUUGAAGUCGGAGCUGAGUGGUGAUUUUGAGAGGCUCAUUGUAGCUCUCAUGUAUCCCCCGUUCAAGUAUGAGGCCAAGGAGCUUUAUGAUGCCAUGAAGGGUCUGGGAACAAGUGAAGAUACCAUCAUAGAGAUCCUGGCCUCACGGACAAAAGCGCAGAUCAGAGAGAUAAUCAAGGCAUACAAAGAAGAAUACAAUUCUGAUCUGGAAGAAGACAUAAAGUCAGAAACAAGUGGUUAUUUUGAACAGAUUCUGGUUUGCCUUCUUCAGGUAAUAUGCAUGCAUGCAAAAUCUACAGUAAAUGUACCUAUUACAUUGCAGACUCUCUAUUCUGCUGGAGAGAAGAUACGGGGCACAAAUGAGAUCCCGUUCAUCACUAUCCUGUGCACAAGGAGUGCCACACACUUGCUGAAAGUGUUUGAAGAAUACCAGAAACUUGCUGGUAAGAGCAUAGAAGACUCUAUCAAGAGUGAAACUCGGGGUUCGCUAGAGGAUGCCAUGCUGGCUAUUGUGAAGUGCACAAGGAACAUCCGCUGCUACUUUGCAGAGAGGUUGUACAAUGCUUUAAAGGGGGCUGGCACCGAUGAUGGGACUCUUAUAAGGGUGAUUGUUUCCCGCAGUGAACUUGACUUAAACCUUAUAAAGGUUGAGUUCAAGAAGAUUGCAGGACAGUCCCUCUCCAGCAUGAUUCUGGAUGACACAAGUGGUGAUUACAAGACAGCCUUGCUGACUCUCUGUGGCAGUGAUGAUUGACAAAAUUGAAGAGGAAGAUACUGAAAGGAACAAAGAUUAAAAAAUUACCUGCCAAU